CUCAGAGAAAGAGAAGUAGUAAAUAUUUAUAUGCGUGCAUAUACCUGUGGGAAAGUGAGAAUCUCCACUUUUCUGGGCGUGUUCUUUUUUCCAAGAUAAAGUUUUCCAAAUGAAAUAGAUACGGAAGGAAGGUGAAGGUGAGUGAGAAAUGCGGUGGGUGUACUUGCUGCCGUGGGUGGUGGUGGUGGCGUCGUUGGGAAUGGGGGUGGCCAUAGUGGAUGGAUCAGAAUUGUCUAUUCACAUAGCAGGCUUCUUCCCAAUGGGGUUGAACGUCAGCGAGGGUGCGGUGGGGAGAGGCGUCCUCCCCGCAGUAAAAUUAGCACUGUUUCACAUCAAUAACGACAAAAAGAUUUUGAAAGAUGUGAAAUUACAUAUUACAUGGAAUAAUACACAGUGUUCCGCUGCGGAUGGGAUGAAAGCAUUCUUUGACAUGAUGGACCAGCCUCCGAUGAAAUAUAUGCUAUUUGGAGACGCAUGCACCUCUGUCACCGAUCCCAUAGCCAAAGCGAGCAAACACUGGAAAAUUGUUCAACUCAGUUACGCAGAUAUGCAUCCCAUGUUUUCAAAAAAGAAUUUUCCAAAUUUGUAUAGAAUUGUCCCUUCUGAGAAUGAGUUUAAUGAACCGAGGAUCGAACUUUUAAGGAAAUUUAACUGGACCAAGGUGGGAACUUUAUAUCAAAACAAGCCACGCUACUCAUUAGCUCACAACCAACUCGUGGCGGACUUGGAAACCAUAGGGGUCGAAGUUGUGGCUGCCCAGUCGUUUUCGGACGACAUUCAUUAUCAGAUGGCCAAACUCAAGGAAAAAGAUGUCCGAAUUAUACUCGGAAAUUUUAACGAGACCUGGGCACGGAGGAUUUUCUGUGAAGCUUUUCAUGAGAAAUUGUAUGGGAGGAAGUACCAAUGGCUUAUUGUGGCUGCAUACACUACGCAUUGGUGGAGAAAGAGGGAUGUCAAUUGUACCGUUGAAGAGGUUGAAACUGCGCUAAAAGGGGCAAUCUUAAUGGAUUUAAAUCCGCUUAGUACAAGUCAAAAUGUUACGGUCUCCGGAAUGACCGCCCUCCAAUAUGAGGAACUCUACAAAAUAGUAAACCUAGGAGAAUACUCUCGCUUUCAUGGGUACGCUUACGACGGAAUUUGGGCCAUAGCACUCGCUUUGCAUAAUAUUAGCAAGUAUAUUAAUUCUGGGGAGGGAGGGGGUGGAGGAACUAGGAAACAUCAAAUAUUGAAAAACUUUGAGUAUCAUAACGACAUGUGGGAGAGAGCAUUUCUUAAUGCAAUGGAGGAUACGUUUUUCAUUGGGGUCACGGGUCCCGUCCGUUUCAGAGAUAAUGGAAGAAAAGGAACCGUGAUGAUUAAACAAUUUCAAGCGUUCAACACGGUCAAUGCGGAAGUUAAAGUUGGUGAAUUCGACGGUGUGACACAACAAAUGAAUCUCGCUAAAGGAUUGAAUAUUGUUUGGAAUGGAAAAAAUCCACCGAAAGAUAGAACGAUUCAAAUUAUUGAGCAUACACGAGUUAAUCAGGUGCUCUACUUUUGCUUGGCGUCUUUGGCGGGGCUUGGAUUUCUUUUGGCCGGAUUUUUCCUAGCGGUCAAUAUUUCGUUCCGGAAUCAACGCUAUAUUAAAAUGUCGUCCCCUUAUCUGAACAAUCUCAUAAUUAUUGGAUGCAUUUUCACCUACUUGUCGGUCAUUUUACUCGGAUUGGAUUCGAAACAUACUUCAGUCGAUACUUUUCCUUAUGUUUGCACUGCAAGAGCGUGGGCUUUGAUGGCUGGAUUUUCAAUGUCAUUCGGAUCUAUGUUUUCAAAAACUUGGCGUGUGCACUCAAUCUUUACGAAUGUAAAGUUGAACAAAAAAGUUAUCAAAGACAUGCAGCUCUUCAUCGUCGUAGGAAUUCUGCUCGGUUUGGACGUUGUUUUACUCACCAGUUGGCAUUUUAUCGACCCCAUGUACCGCACCACGAAAAAGUUGGAGCCAUAUGUUUCUGGGUCGAAUGAGGAUAUUGAAAUUAUUCCGGAAAAUGAGUAUUGCAAGAGUCACUACAUGAGCUAUUUUAUGGGCAUAAUUUACGCCUAUAAAGGUUUGCUAAUGAUGUUUGGGUGUUUUUUGGCGUGGGAAACCCGUCAUGUAUCCAUCCCUGCCCUCAACGAUUCCAAAUAUAUCGGAAUGUCAGUCUACAACUGUGUCAUGAUGUGUGUUCUUGGUGCUCCUCUUUCUCAUGUGCUAUCCGACCAACAAGACGCCGGUUUCUUAAUCAUUUCCGGUUUCAUCAUUUUCUGCACGACUGCAACCCUUUGUCUGGUUUUCAUCCCGAAAAUUGUUGAGCUUCGACGGAAUCCAAAGGGCACGGUGGAAAAGAGAUUGCGUGCCGCGACGCUGCUAAAACCAGCAUCCUCCUCCCAUUCUUCGCACCACAAUCCCUCAUACAACAAUCAACCUUCAAUGACGAACAUGUCAAACCGAAGAGCAUCUGCGGCAUCCGUGUACGAAACAGAGUUGAAAACUGCAAAACAGCACAAUUUAAAAAUACGGAAACAAAUUAGAGAAAUUGAUAAUGAGAUUCAAGCUAUUGCCAAAUUACUCGGGAAAGAUGAUAAAGAUGUGCAGAAAAUACUCCAAGACGUUUAUAGUUUGGUGGCUCCAAAAAGUGAGGUGCUCAAAAAGGAGGACACUGAUGUCUCCUCCCUCUACUCAUUGAAUUCCGAGGGGGGCGGAGAUGUGUUUGACUAUGAUGACGAAGAUGAGGACGAAGAAGAAGAGGAGGAUGUGCCAAAAAAAAAGUACCCCGGAAUAGCUGCAGGAUUGGCGGGCCUCUCCGUUGUAAAUGUUCCCCAUUGGUCUUCUACAUUAACCAAAACACUAAUAAAUACUGAAACUAGCCAAAUCGCACCCACAACCACAUCCCUUAAACAAGACAGCACAAUUUUACCCCCUGUUUUAUCCACAACCCCAAAAGCAGAGAUAAUCAGUGAGAAAUCACCCAUAAAACGCUUAAAUUCCAAAUCCCUGUAUGAAAUCAAUACCCUGACGGAAGAAGUCAAUUACGAUAAGUUGAAGAAAUCCUCCUCCUUUGACGAACUGCCUCCCAAAAAAUCUCCCUCCGCCUCAAAAACCACGGAGGACGAGGAAAUGUGGAAACUGAUGCUCCAAAAGGAACAAAGUCGAUACAUUCAGCGCAAUUACAAACAAAACUCGAUUGGUGCUUAUGGCGAAAAAGUUGUGGUGGACAAAUGUCUCAAAGUCUUCAAUGGUGGCAGCGUCGGUGGGGGAGAAAUUUUCAUUAAUGGUAAUCACGGCAAUCACAAUACUCAACAACUUCCCCCCAAUCUGUCAACAAGUCCCCCCAUGCUUCACAAUCAAAUACCCACACCGGCCGCAUUUCCACAAAAGUUGUCCACCCGCUCAUACUCUGUCCCACGUCGCUUGAACGAUAAGCACUACCCAUCACAACUGCACAUAAACUCUAGUCAGAUUUCCUCCUCGUCCACGGAGAUAAAUUUGGACGUCUCGCUGCUCCCCAUUUUCCACAAGUUGCUCUCGGAACAGCAGCGAUCUCUGAGAACGGAACGCUUAUCUUUGCGGGAUAAAGAGAAGCAGAGACAGCGUCAUCGGAAAUUCAUGACUUCUUGUCCCAACAUUAUGAUCAAAUGUGAUAUCGUGGAAUACUUGUAGAUCACACAAGAUAGCUUUAUUUGACUAGAUAACUGCUUACAAGUGUAAUAUUGCAUUAUAGGCAGUGGGGAUGAUGGAGGGGGUGUGGUUUUUAUAUAUUAAUUAAUUAAUAAAAUAAUUCUCAAUCUUU